AUGAAAAAGGGGGCGAGAUGGACCAAGUGGUUAGGGCGCGAAUUUACUGACCGCAAGGUCCGUGGUUCGAACCCGACCUCUGCCUCUCGACUUCCCCUAUCUAGGCUUGGGCAACCUGACAGUACCCCAGCCCUCGUGCCUCCUUCUUGUAGCAUGGCAGAUAGGCACCAAAAGGAGCGCGAAUUUACUGACCGGAAAGUCGGUGGUUCGAACCCGACCUCUGCCUCUCUCAUUCCCCUGUCUAGGCUUGGGCAACCUGGCAAUAUCCUAGCCCUCGUGCAACCUUCGGGUGGCAUGGCACCGAAAGGGUGCUACAGCUGA